GGGAGUGCUGGGCUGCCCCUCGCGUGGAUGCGGUGGCAGAGAGCGCGUCCCCUCCCCGGCCCUGCCCCUGCCAACAAAAGGAUCCUGCCCGCGGCACAGCACCCCAGGGACCCAGCACCCCAGGGACCCAGCACCGCUACGCCUUGCCCAGCUGGCCCCGCUCCCAUGUCACAGCUGGAAGAGACGGCAUGAAGAAAUCCUCGUAUUCAGGAAUCACACAGACCUCCAGUGGGAGACUUCGGAGACCCAGUGACCAGAUAAGUCCAACUCUGAAAAGGUCUUUUGAGGUCGAGGAGGUAGAUCAGUCUUCAAAUUCCUCCACCCCACAAAGACGGACCCCAAACACCCUCCUCAGGUCCACCGUGUCCAGCUCCACACAGAAGUUUCAGGAAUUCGGUGCCAGAAAUUCGGAACCACCCACCCGACAUGUGGACCCCACAGCCCAAAGAUCACCCAAGCCUCCUCUGAGGAGAGUGGAGCUCUCUGGACCCAAACUGCCUGAGCCAGUGUCCAGAAGAACAGAAAUCUCCAUUGACAUAUCAUCCAAGCAGGUGGAGAACUCCACCCCAGGGCUCUCGAGGUUUGGCCUCAAAAGAGCAGAUGUGCUGGGGCACAAACCCCCAGAACCCAGCCCCAGGAGGACUGAGAUCACCCUCAGCAAACCCCAGGAGCCGGGGCUCCGGAGGGUGGAGGCACCACCAUCCAAGAUCCCUGAGAUGCCCCAGAGAAGAGCUGAGACAACCACUGCUCCUGCACUCGACGUGGCCACCAAGAGGGUGGAAAUUCAGGUAGCAAAGGCUGCUGAAGUCCCAGCUCCACUGGCACGGCAAGUGGAGAGCUCAGAGCCUCCCCUGCCCACCCAGCCUCCCCAGGCAGAGCCAAAGCCACAACCAGUGCUGAUGGAGAGCCCACCAAAGAGAGAAGAAGGUCCAGAGGCAGUUCCCAGCCAGGCACCCGGAAUGACGGACGCUCCCCGGGAUGCCGGCCCCAAGCAGGCGGCGCCGACGCGACCGGAGAGGCCAAGUGCAGACUUUGGCUACGUGGGGAUUGAUGCCAUCCUGGAGCAGAUGAGAAGGAAAGCCAUGAAGCAGGGGUUCGAGUUCAACAUCAUGGUUGUGGGUCAGAGUGGCUUGGGGAAAUCCACGUUAAUCAACACCCUCUUCAAAUCCAAAAUCAGCCGGAAAUCUGUACAGCCGACUUCUGAAGAGCGGAUCCCCAAGACCAUUGAAAUCAAAUCCAUCACUCAUGAGAUUGAAGAGAAGGGGGUUCGCAUGAAGCUGACAGUCAUUGACACCCCAGGCUUUGGAGACCACAUCAACAAUGAGAACUGUUGGCAGCCCAUCAUGAAGUUCAUCAAUGACCAGUACGAGAAGUACCUGCAGGAGGAAAUCAACAUCAACCGGAAGAAGCGGAUCCCCGACACGCGGGUGCACUGCUGCAUUUACUUCAUCCCAGCCACGGGCCACUCGCUCCGACCGCUGGACAUCGAGUUCAUGAAGCGCUUGAGCAAAGUGGUGAACAUCGUCCCGGUGAUCGCCAAAGCGGACACGCUGACGCUGGAGGAGAGGGACUACUUCAAACAGAGGAUAAUGGCAGAUCUUCUUGCCAAUGGGAUUGAUGUGUAUCCUCAGAAGGAGUUUGAUGAAGACUCAGAAGAUCGGCUCGUGAAUGAGAAAUUCAGGGAAAUGAUCCCGUUUGCAGUGGUGGGUAGUGACCAGGAGUACCAGGUUAAUGGAAGAAGAAUCCUUGGAAGGAAGACCAAGUGGGGCACCAUUGAAGUGGAGAAUACAACACACUGUGAGUUCGCCUACCUGAGGGACCUCCUCAUCAGGACACACAUGCAGAACAUCAAGGAUAUUACCAGCAACAUCCACUUUGAAGCCUACAGGGUCAAGAGGCUGAAUGAGGGCCAGAGCUCUCUCUCCAACGGCGUGGCUGACAAAGAGCUGGUGGCUAACGAAAUGUAACCCGUCUCGCUCUGUAGCCAGGACCUUGCUCGCUCACGCUCGCUAUUUCUUCCCUCUUCUCCCUUUAUUUUUAUAUAAAUCCUCUGCCACUGUCCCUCUUCCCACCCCCAACCCCCUGUCAAUGUAAACUGACCAAAUAACCAGACGCUGUCUCUGUCGUGCCGAGCGGGGUGGCCGCCCGUUCCCCCCGCUUUCUGGCACGGGUUUCCCUCUCACCCCCCAGCCCAGCACCCCGGGGCUGGGGACCAUUCCAGUGGUUCCCAGUGCUGGUCUGACAGCUGAGCUCAGGGGAGCAGAUCCAUGAGGCUGGUGGGGUUGGGGUGUCCCCAGGAGCCCUGCCUGCCCCCCGUGCCAAGGCUCUUCUCCGUCCGUCGCAGGCAGGCAGGGGUUUCUCCAGGUGAAUGUAGCCUUCAGAAGCAAGGUACUGGUAUGAAGAGUGCAAGAUGGUGCCAUCCUUGUCUCCUACCACCUCCUUCAAGCCCUCUGCAGCCCUCUGGGACCUGCCAGCCCCCUUAACCCCAUCUCUCUACCCUGCCUACAUGCAAUAAACUGGGAGUGUUUGGGUGUCACCUCGCCUGUCACCAACCCCCGGCCAGGCUGUGGGAGAAGUGCCUUUUCAGACUGUUACCUUGCAAUAGAGGGGGAGAGGGGAGGGAGGGCUCCCCUUGUCUGUCUUUGCAGCCUGUGAAAGGCCCGUGACACUUUGUAGAAACUCCUUUUCCCUCUCCCUUGGAGCACAGAUGUGGCUGAUGUCCUGGGAAGAUUUGUGUAUUUAUUUUUCAUUCAGCCGGGUGGGUUCUUCCUUCCACUGAAGGCUCAGAGUGUGUUUGUCCAAAGGGGGCUGGGGGUGGAAGGUCUCUGCAAGCAGUGAUGGGAGGAAGAGGGUUGUCCCAUCUGAUCCUUGUGAUUCUUGGGCUUUUCCCUACGUCAGAGGAGGCUGUUAGGUAUUUUUUAAUUUUUUUUUUUAAUUAUUUUUUUUUAAUCCCCUGUGUGACGUGUAUAUGUAACAUUCUCCUCUGCUUUGCUUGUCCUUGUGCAAAGGGAUUGUGCCUGUGCAGACCCAGCCCUGCAGCUGUCAGGAGGGCUGGGGUGGUGGCUGUGGGUGCUGCACCCACCCAGUGGGUGCCCCCACACCUCCUCCUUCCUUGAGUCAGAUCCUGCAAGGAGGUUGAAAAGGAUCCUGCAAGGUUGGUGAAAUAAUGCCAUGGCACAGGAGGUCCUGGAGCAGAGCUCUGCAGUCCUGCCC